AUGAGGCCGGUCGCCCUGCUCGCCUUUGCGGCUGCAGUGUCGGCCGCACAGCUGCCUCUGGCAAGCUCAGAGCCAGACAUGGAACCCUAUUCCGAGACAAUAAUGAGCACGCUGUCCGCUUCUAACAAGCACGGCACCUUUGUGCACCUCCUCCAGCGGUCCAAGCUCGUGCCGAUGUUGAGCCGGUUUAAUGGAUCGAUCUUUGCACCGACAGACGCAGCAUGGAAGGCGUGGGAAGAUGCGCACCGGCCCGACACGGACGAGCGCGUACACGGUUGGCUUGGGACGUCGGGUCUCGCCGAGUGGCUCCUCAACGACGACGAGGCCGAAGCCGCGCUCGCGCGCCGCGUCGCUGCAGCUGGGGUCGACGGGCCGCGCGUUCGUGCGGAAGCAGACAAUCAGAACUGGGCAAUGCGGCAGCAUCUCCUGUACCAUAUCCUCAACUACACGCUCACAGAGAGGGAUUGGGCGCCACGGGAAGAGAAUAACAUUACUAUCGAAACGACCUUGCUAUUCCCUAUGGGCAAGGAACCGGCGCCCUCGCCUAUCCCACCACCUGGGACGCCGUGGACCCCCACACAUGGACAGGGGCUACUUGGCAGUCAUGGUCAGCGGCUACGCGUCGCUCUGCCAGGCAGUGUGGAGGGCGGGGAUCGCGGGCUCGUUGGCUUCGAUCACUUCGGUAAGAACGGGGCUUGUGUGUGGGACGGCUCUGGGUGGGAGAAUGAUCCGAACAACACACACAUCUGGACAGGUAGGGAUCCCGACACAGACAAGAACAAGGACAGGAAGAAAGAACGCGGCGUGCGGUGGGUACGCAACGGCGUCGUCAUCGGCCUCGACGGCGUGCUCGCCCCACCCUCGAGCCUCCUAGACACGUUGCGAAACACGCCUCAGCUGGCGUAUCUUGCGCAGCUGCUUGACGUGCCGCAGGAGACGCAGCUCCCACUCCCGCCGUCCCUCGACGAGGCCAAGCACGUGACAUUGUUCGUGGCGUCCGAGGACGCGUUCACGACAGCGUUCGACGACCUCGAGCGCGGAUACCUCCGGGGUUUGUUUGGCAUCGAAGGCCUCAGCCGCGUGCUGGCGCCCGGCACGAUCCUGGUGCUUGACGACAAGCAUCCCGUUGGCUGGAGCGACAUGUGGAGCAAGAAGGGCACGAAUGUCUCAAGCGCCAGCGACAUCCUCGAGGUAACUGGGAAGAACGGCUCGCUCUCAGUAAACGGCACGACCGCUGAAGUUGUGGACAUUUUCACCGCCAACGGCGUGAUCCACAUCAUGCCCAACGUCAUCCUGCCUGAGGGCUUCGAGCUGCUGAACUCGGCUGAGAAGGUACUACUGUCGCGCAAUGCGACGCGCUUUGUGUCACUCAUGCGCUCGGCCAACCUAUCCGUUCGGUAUAUUGGCGAGCCAGGGAAAAAGGCCAAGCGCGGCUUUACAAUCCUCGCCCCGACCGACGACGCCAUCGAUUACAUGGGUUACCUCGGGUCGCAGGGCGUGCUCCCACUUGAGCUGUCUGGGCUCUUCCCCCAGAGCAUUGCGGGGCCGCUGGGACUGUCAUCAGUGCCUGGACCUCCUGCGGAUGACACUUCUCCGUUAGCCCAGCUGCUCAAAUACCACAUCCUUGCAGGCAGUUACGCGCCGGACGAUGUCAAGGACGAUAUGCUGAUCCCGACCGAGCUCUCAACUGCCGAGCUCGGAGGCGCACGUCAGCCAAUCCGUGUCGAAGUCUCGGAGCGCCGCAUGUCGGGCGCCACCUGGGACGUCGAGGUCGGCGAGAUCUCGUUUGGCGGCGCGAGCGUUGUCGGCCAGCCGGUCAAGAGCGGCGACACGAUCAUCUACUUCAUGUCCGAGAUCCUUGCACCACCACUCGACACGCUGCAGACCGCCAUCGGCGACCUGCAGCUGUCCACGUACAUUGCUGCCGUAUACGCAGCGGGUCUCGAGCGCUCGAUCAAGAAGAACCCUGCCACCACUUAUUUUCUCCCUCGUAACAAGGCUUUCAACAACCUCGGCCUCGCGAUGAAGUACCUCCUCCUCCCUGAGGGCCGCGACGAGCUGCGCAAGGUGCUGCGCUACCAUGCGGUCGAACAACUGCUCUACACGCGCGAUGUCGAAGUCGGGCUGACAGUCCUCAAGACGAUGGAAGGAGGCAAUAUCUUGCUUGACAGGAGCGACAACAACAACUAUACGCUCCGCUCGCCGUCCCAGUGGCCGAAGCACGACUCUGGCAGCGCGUCUGUCCCUUCCAACGGCGACCUGCGGCCAGCUGUCCUGCGCGCACACAACGCACUGACGGAGACGGGUGUGAUCCACAUCAUCGACAGCGUCGUCCUCCCCGCUGACGUCAAAAUUAAUAUCGCAAAGCUCAUCCGCGGCUCGAAGCAGCACACGAUGCCAGAGCUCCUCGUCAAGGCAGGCUUCGGAUGGAUUCUCGAAGGGCGUCAGCCGACUGACGAAGAGGUGUCAGACCUCGGCCUCCCUGGGGACUUCCGCACCUUGGGCAAGAGCAAGAACGGUAAGGGGGAUGGAAACGCGAACCCCGACGACCUCGCCCAGCCGGCGUACACUGUCCUGGUGCCGACGGAUAAGGCGUUCUCGCGCAUUAACAUGACGUACUACUUCUCGGACCCCGAGGCACUCAAGCGCUUGCUGAAACUGCACAUCAUCCCGUCGAACUUGGGCGCGAGCUUGCCCAAAGGUAGCUCGGAACACGGGCCGCGCCAGCCACCCGCGGACAACACACCUCUGGCGCUCGAAGACGACGUCGUGUACCCCACUCUCCUCGUAUUUGAGAGUCAGUACGGUGAGGUUGGCUUCCGCGCCCAAGGGGACGACGACUUUCUUGUCGGUGUGCGCAAUGCACGUGGAGGGUCUUCCGAUCGCCCGGCUCGCACAGGCCCAGCGGGCCGCGCAAGUGUGCGAUGGGAAGCAGCCAAGCAGUCUAUCAUCGGCAUCCUCUCAACCACCAGCAUUCAUUCUGACGCCCACACUGCUGAUGAUCCCGCCAGCACGCCCCUCUGGCGGGGAGGCAUGACUCUCGGCGGCGGCGUGAUUGUCAUCGACGCCGUGCUCGAGCCAUACGACCCGCCGUGGUUUACGCGCUGGGGCUGGCUCGUGCUCACGGUCUUUGGCACCGUCGCAGUCGUGAGCUUGGCUGGGGUGAGCGUGUGGUGGUGGUGGGCCACCACCAAGAAGAAGCAGGAGGGGUACGAGCGGCUCGCCACGGCACAAGAGGAGGCACGACAGGAGGAGGAGAACCGGCAUUGGCGCAGAACGAGCCGCGAGACGUAG